GAAUAAGAACAGCUAAAAAAAAAUCUUAAUAGGAAGUCAAUGUGUAAUGACGUCACUGCUGCAAAGACGCCAACUUGCUACUCUCAUCAUCUACACCGGAAGUGCUCUCAAUCAGGCAUGUGAAGCAUCCUAUACAGGGAAAGUAUGCUGCCCCUAAAGAUAUUAUGGUCUCUCCUACUUGGUCGGCGGAUGAGACACGUGGCGAUUAAAGGUCGCACUGAGGAGCGGCUACUAAUGGUUGUUGGACUGGGGAACCAUGGUAUGGGCAGUACCAGGCACAGUGUUGGCAUGGUGGCGGUGAAUCUGCUGGCCCGCAGGCUGAACAUUGCUGACCAGUGGAAAACUGAUAAGCAGUCCAAAGCAGACAUUGUUCAAACCCAGAUAGAUGGAUUGCAGCUUGUCCUGCUAAAACCCCGGCAGUUCAUGAACAUUAAUGGACAUAGUGUGGCUAAAGCUGCUGAAAAGUUUAAUUUGACCCCAGAAUAUAUCUACCUUCUACACGAUGAGCUGGACAAACCCAUAGGAAAAGUUUCUCUGAAACUCGGCGGAAGUGCCAGAGGUCAUAGAGGUGUUCGUUCCUGCAUUGAAUGUCUGCAGUCAGAUAUCAUGGUCCGGCUUUUGAUUGGAAUCGGACGUCCACCUGAUCAUUCCUCAGUCGUGCGACAUGUACUCGAACCCUUCACAAGACCUGAACAGGAGAUUCUGCCACAAGUUCUGGAGCAAGGGUUAGACAAACUGCUUGCACACAUCAGGCAGAGGGCUAGCCUCGCCUCUGCAGAAAGCAAUGUCACCAUAAAGAAUGCAGGAAGUAAUCCCAGUAAAUCCUGAUCUUAAUGGAAGACUUUGGGGAGAAUGUUGACUGUUUUUUGUGGUCCAGAGCUUGACUUUUGAGAAAUGCCAGAUAAGACAGCCAAGUCUUCUUUAGACACAUAUCCAAAUUUAACUUUAUUUUCUGUAUAUUUAUUUUUAUAUAUAUUUUUUUAAUUACUACACUGGUAUUACUUGAAUUAAAUAACUUAAUGUAAAUGUAUUGGAAAGCCACCACGUUGGCGUGUCAUUGAGAGUAGCUAUGUUAACUUCAUAUGACAUAAUUUGAAUGAUAACUCUUGCUUAAUGUUUCCAGCCCCUUCUGGUGUAAGCUGACUGAUUUCAGCAGACUUAGAAGAAGAUUGUAAAUAGAAGACCCAGUUCAUCUUGAUUCUAAAAGUUUAAAGGUUUUGAGAAACAUGUUACAUCUACAUACUUUGGAAGGACGUUUGGGGAAAAUCUUAUAUACUGAGAAAUAUUUCAGCACAGGUAUCAUCAAAUUAAAACGAUUACUUAAGUAUUUUCUAAGUAUUAGCCAUACUGGGCUGGGGUAGUAGGGAAGGGCUUACAAAGGUCUGCAGCAUUUUUUAAAAUCUGUUUCUUGAUAUACCGACACAGGAAAAAUAAAUACAAUGCAUUAAUGUU